AUGGUGGAGGACAUGAAAGGUAAAAUCAGGGUAUUCUGUCGAAUAAGGCCAUUGACCCGUGCAGAGCAGGCAAAAAGAUAUCACAUCAUUGUCGCUUCUCUCGAUGACUACUCUGUUAUCCUGGAGACCCCUCGAGGACCUCGUGAGUUUCAGUUUGACAAGAUCUUCAACCCAGAGUGCACGCAGGAGGAGGUUUUCACGGAGUCCAGUGGGCUGAUCCAGUGUGCGAUUGAUGGAUUUAACGUUUGCAUUUUUGCAUAUGGCCAUACGGGUUCAGGAAAAACCUUCACAAUGGUUGGAGACAGAGAUCGGAGGAACCCGGGAAUCAUUCCCAGAACGUUCACCAAGAUCUUUGAGAUCAUCCAGGAUAAUGAGUCUAAAUUUGAGUUUAAGGUUUCAGCCUACAUGCUGGAGCUGUACAACGAGCGCCUACAGGAUCUCUUUGUGACCCCCACUGAAGCUUUCAGCAAGCGAAUCGAAAUCAAGAGGGACAGAAAGGGGCUUGUGUUCAUCCAGGGAGCAGAGACAAAAGAGGCAGCCAGCGCUGGCGAACUCUUUGCAUUAUUUGAGCAGGGCUGUGCGAACCGCCACAUUGCAGCCACAAAGAUGAACGUAGAGAGUUCCCGCUCUCACCUGGUCAUUGGCAUCAUGAUUGAGAGCCGGAAUCUGACCAAUGGGAGCGUGAGUUUCGGGAAGCUCAGUCUGGUGGACCUGGCAGGAAGUGAACGAGCAGCAAAAACUGGGGCCAAAGAUGACCAGCUGAAGGAGGCAAACUCUAUUAACAAAUCUCUGAGUGCCCUUGGAGAUGUCAUUUCAGCUUUGUCGGUGGAGCAGCCUCAUGUGCCCUACCGUAACAACAAGCUGACCCAGCUCAUGCAGGACUCACUGGGCGGCAAUGCCAAGACCCUCAUGUUCCUCAACAUCUCUCCCUCUGACUGCAACCUGGACGAAACUCUCACCUCACUCAUCUAUGCGACUCGGGUGAAAGCCAUCACCAACAAUGCUCAGAGGAACAUAGACAGCAAGGAAAUCGCUCAGCUGAAAGAAGUGAUUUUAAAAUUGAAAUCAGGUCAGCCUGUGGAAGAAGACCCGUAA